UCGUCUCAUCUCAACUCCAAAACCUCGCAACAACCCCCGUGAGCGACCAACCCCACCCCCAUCCUCCCCUUCCUCGCAGUUCUCACCAACCCCGGCGGCGAUGACCGGCACGGUGUCCAAGCUGGCGGCGCCCCGGCCGGCGGCGGCGCUGCUCCCGCCGGCGUCCCUCCGCUCCGCCACCCUCGCCUUCGCCCCCUCCCCGCGCCGGUUCCGCGUCUCCAUCGCCGGCCGCGCCAGGAGCCCCGUCAUUGCGAUGGCUUCUGCCAAGGAAGGGAAUGGUGCUACGACCAAGAAGACCGCACUUCAUGAUCUCUAUGAGCUCCAGGGCCUGUCCCCAUGGUACGACAACCUCUGCAGGCCUGUCACCGACUUGCUACCCCUUAUCGCCAGUGGUGUUCGCGGAGUUACCAGCAACCCUACGAUUUUCCAGAAAGCCAUUUCAUCGUCAAGCGCAUAUGAUGAUCAAUUCAAGCAGCUCAUUUCAGCUGGAAAGGAUGCAGAGAGUGCUUACUGGGAACUUGUUAUAAAGGAUAUCCAAGAUGCGUGCAAACUUUUUGAGCCUAUCUACAACGAGACAGAUGGUGCUGAUGGGUAUGUCUCUGUGGAGGUGUCUCCUAGGUUGGCAAAUGACACUCAAGGAACAGUUGAGGCUGCAAAGUGGUUGCACAAAGUGGUCAACCGCCCCAAUGUCUACAUAAAGAUCCCUGCUACUGCGGAAUGUGUUCCUUCUAUCCGGGAAGUCAUCUCUAAUGGCAUUAGUGUCAACGUCACACUUAUUUUCUCUAUUGCAAGAUACGAGGCUGUGAUUGAUGCUUACCUUGAUGGGCUAGAGGCUUCUGGUUUGAGUGACUUAUCUCGAGUUACCAGUGUUGCAUCCUUCUUUGUCAGCCGAGUUGACACCCUUAUUGACAAAAUGCUCGAGAAGAUUGGAACACCUGAGGCGCUUGCCCUUAGAGGAAAGGCUGCUGUAGCACAGGCAAAGUUAGCAAAUCAGCUCUACCAGAAGAAAUUCUCUGGCCCAAGAUGGGAGGCUUUGGCAAAGAAAGGUGCCAAGAAACAGAGGUUGUUGUGGGCAUCCACCGGCGUCAAGAACCCUGCUUAUCCUGACACCCUUUAUGUGGACAGUCUGAUUGGACCUGACAUGGUCAACACUAUGCCCGACCAAGCGUUGCAUGCAUUCAUAGACCACGGCACUGUUUCAAGGACAGUUGAUGCGAAUGUGUCCGAGGCAGAAGGUGUAUACAGUGCCCUGGAGAAGCUUGGCAUCGACUGGGAUGAGGUGGGGAAGCAGCUUGAGCUGGAAGGAGUGGACUCGUUCAAGAAGAGCUUUGACAGCCUACUUGUGAGUCUGCAGGAGAAGGGCAACAGCCUCAAGACGGCAAGCGUGUAAAACUGAAAUGAUUUGGUAUCGGCAGGUGAACGAUUACUAAAUAAAAUGCUAGCUCGCUGGCUCUCUUAGUUUUGUGACUGUACGGAUGCUCUCGGUUCUCUGAAUCAGCUUUGUAUUCUAGGCUUGCCUGGCUGUCAUUGUGUAACCAAUGUUCAUGGCUUGUAACUGCUAUGCGCUAUCUAAUAAAUAUUUUUUGAGCAAGUUAUUUGAGUCUGGAUA